CAAACAGACCCUGAUAUCUCACUGAGGAACAUCGAGAAGAAGAACUGUACAAACAGGAGCCUCCAAACAAACAGACCCUGUUAGCUCAGUGAGGAACAUCGAGAAGAACCGUCUGGACAGGAGACUCCGAACAGACCCCAUAACCUCAGUGAGGAACAUCGAGAAGAAGAACUGUCCGGACAGGAGACUCCAAACAAACAGACCCCGUUAGCUCAGUGAGGAACAUCGAGAAGAACCGUCUGGACAGGAGACUCCAAACAGACCCUGUUACCUCAGUGAGAAACAUUAAGAAGAAGAACCGUCCGGACAGGAGACUCCAAACAGACCACAUUACCUCAGGGAGAAGCAUUGAGAAGAACCAUCUGGACAGAAACCUCCAAACAAACAGACCCCGUUACCUCAGUGAGGAACAUCGAGAAGAACCGUCCGAACAGGAGACUCCAAACAGACCCUGUUACCUCAGGGGGGAACAUUAAGAAGAAGAACUGUCCGGACAGAAACCUCCAAACAGACCCCGUUACCUCAGUGAGGAACAUUGAGAAGAACCGUCCGAACAGGAGACUCCAAACAGACCCCAUUACCUCAGUGAGAAGCACUGAGAAGAACCAACUGGACAGAAACCUCCAAACAAACAGACCCCAUUACCUCAGGGGGGAACAUUGAGAAGAACCGUCCGGACAGAAACCUCCAAACAGACCCCGUUACCUCAGUGAGGAACAUUGAGAAGAACUGUCCGGACAGGAGACUCCAAACAGACCCUGAUAUCUCACUGAGGUACAUCGAGAAGAACCGUCCGGACUGGAGCCUCCAAACAAACAGACCCUGUUACCUCAGUGAGGAACAUUGAGACGAACCGUCCGGACAGAAACCUCCAAACAGACCCCAUAACCUCAGUGAGGAACAUUGAGAAGAAGAACUGUCCAGAUAGGAGACUCCAAACAAACAGACCCUUUUAUCUCAGUGAGAAACACGACUCUUGAAGACUCCUGCCACCUUCUGCUGCCUCCUGCAUCCUCCUAAAGACUCCUGCCAUCUCCUGAAGACUCCUGCCACUUUCGAAAGACUUCUGACGCCUCCUGAAGACUCCUGCUUUCUCCUGACACCUUCUGAAAACGCUUUGACAGAGCUUCAUGGCAGUGCGCUCGCCUGGUUCCGUCCUGCUGCUGUUAUCAGGCUUUACCUCAGGACACCAGCUGCUGGAGACUCGUCCCAGACCCCAACACUAGCGGAGUAAACCAACACCAGCCCGGCUCCUCACCCAACAUGAGUCUCCCUCAGGGGGUGUCCCACCCAAACCUGCCCACAGCCGGUGCAUCAUCCAAUACCCCUCCACUUUUACACAUAGUCCCGCCUCCUUUUACUGCCCCAACCCCGCCCACCUCCAUGACUACUUUUGCUGCCCCACCUUCUUCCUUAGCCCCACCUCCUUUUCCUUUUCAAGCUCCUCCCACUAUCCUAACUUCUUUUGUAGCCCCAGCUCUUCCAACAGCCCCGCCUCCUUAUCCUGCCCCAUCUCUUCCCAUGACAUCACCUCCUCCCUCAGCCCCACCCACUUUUACUCCCAUAGCCCCUCCUCCUCCUUUCACUGCCCCACCUCUUUCCACAGCCCCUCCUCCUUUCACUAGCCAACUUCCUCAAACAGGUCCACCACAUCCCACAGCCCCGCCUCCUCCUUUCACUUCUCCACCUCCUCCCACAGCCCCGCCCCUGCUCGCUGUCCCUCCCCUUGCUGUUAUAUCUCCCACAGCAUUUGUGACUCAGCCGCCAAACUCCAUUUCCCAGAAUUCCUCUGGCAUAGCUCAGGUGCAUUUCCUCGUCAGUCUCCAUGACUCAGCAUCAGUGUUCACACCACUGUCCCUCCCCUUCCAAAGCCCCGCCCUUUCUCCUCUAAGCGCACACCUCCUCGCCCCCCCGGCAGCCUCCACCUGUACUCAGGUAAACGGUGUGUUCUACUCCUCCCCGACCACGCCCCCUGAACCUCCUCCCGACCCGCCCACUGUCACUCCCUCACCUGCACCAGACCAGACACUCCCCUCAGGUUCCUCAGGUGCUCAGGGGGCGGGGCUAUCUGCAGAGGGGUCAGCUCCAGAGGGGGGCGGGGUUCUCUUAAAAGAAACACCUGCAGGAGAGACAGGUUCCUCUCGGCUGCCGUUAGCUUCAGCUCUGAUCUUCGUCUUCAUCAUCAUCACCGCCGCCAUCGCUGUUACAGUGAAGCUGCUGCUGUUUCCAUCAAAAGUGCCGGACAUAAGCGCCCCCUGUGAUAUCACAUGGAACUGCACCUUCACGUCCGCCCCCUUCUACUCGGAAAAGGUUCCUGUCAAUCAAACGGUUAACAUCACAGCAGACUGUGGUUCGCUGGUUGGCGCCAGGGGGCGGGGCAUGCGGAUAGUGGGCGGGUCCUUGGCGGUGGAGGAUCAGUGGGGGUGGCAGGCCAGUCUGCACUGGAGGGGUCAGCAUGUCUGCGGGGGGGCAAUAAUCACCCCCCGCUGGAUCAUUACCGCCGCCCACUGCUUCAUAGAGUUCGAUAUGAUGCUGGAAUCUGAUUGGCAGGUGGUGAUCGAUACGAUCGUGGUGACGCACGGAAAACGAUACAACACCCUGCGGAUUUACCCCCACCCUAAAUACACCCAGGAUACCAACGACUACGACCUCAGCCUCCUGCUCACUGACUCCGACAUGAGGAUGGGAGAUGGCGUGAGACCUGUCUGUCUGCCGGCGUAUAAACAGACCUUCCCUGCCGGCUCCUCCUGCUGGGUGACUGGGUGGGGCUACACUCGGGAAGGAGGUAAAGCAGGCCCCGCCCCCUCACUACACACCUGUAAAACACCUGUACACUGA